UAAUGAAGAUAUUGUACGCAGUCGUACUUUUAACCCUUAGCGCGUUAAAUCAAGGUCAAGAACUUGAAGAUAAUGGGAUUGUGAUCCUAACAGAGAAAACUUUUACUGAAUUCAUUAAGAGCAAAGACAACGUUCUUGUAAAAUUUUAUGCACCAGACUGUAAAGUUUGUAAAUCAUUCGAUCCGGAAUACACCAAGAUAGCAAAAAAACUAAUUCAAACGGGUUCGUCGAUUGCGUUAGCAAAAGUCAACGCAGUUGAAGAAACCACUCUUAGCAACGAUCACACAGUGACUGGAUAUCCAACACUGAAGCUAUUCAAAAACGGGGUACCCAUAAAAUAUUUAGGCGGACGAACAGCUGAAGAAGUUGUUACGUGGCUCAACAAACAUACUGGACCACUCGCACAUAUUCUUAAGGAAAUCGAAGAAGCCAAAGCGCUAAUUGCAGAAAGUCAAGUGAUUACAGUAGGUUUCUUCAAAGAUCAAUCUUCGGAAGCUGCCCAAGUGUUCCUGCAGGUUGCUGCCACUGACGACAAAAUUCCUUUUGGAAUAACAUCCGAGGAGCGCAUAUUCGAACACUUCUCUGCGAAAGAUGGCGACAUUUUCAUGUUUAAAAAGUACGAUGACAAGCUGGUGCAGUUCAAAAACGAGUUGAAUGAGAAGAAUCUCCGGUCCUUUUUAAAGGAAGCUUCACGGCCACUGUUAAUCGAAUUUAACAUACACGUAGUCCAGAUGCUAAUGGUGGGAGAUGUACAAGACUUCCUGGUCUUAUUUUUAAGCAACGUGGACGAAAACCCGUCCGGAAUCGUGGAAGAGGCGAGAUCUGUAGCAAAAAAGUUUAAGGAAAAAAUGCUGUUCAUUACUGCCGAUCCGACUCUGAAGGAAAAUCAGUUGAUAUUGCAAUUUAUGAAAGUGAAAGAACACGAAUUGCCUGCCAUGCGUAUAGGUAAAAAUCUAACCGACCUAAAGGUGUUCCAACCGAAAACUAGCGAAAUUACGGCUGAGACCAUCGAAAGAUUUGUGAGGGAUUAUUUUGACGGGCACCUUGCCAGUGAGAGUUUGCCUGACGACUGGAAUAAAGGUCCCGUUUAUACGCUCGUCGCGAGUAAUUUUGAUGAGGUCGUCUUUGAUGCUGACAAACAUGUUUUGGUUGAAUUUUACGCACCGUGGUGUAAGGCGUGUAUAGAUAUAGCACCAAUUUACGAAAAAGUAGGCAAAUACUUUAAACGCAAUGAUAAGGUCAUCAUUGCUAAAAUGGACGCGACCGCCAACAGCCUGGAACAUACUGUUGUUGAGCGGUAUCCAACAAUUAAACUAUACCCUAAAGGAGGAAACGAAGUUUUGGAGUAUGAAGCCAGAGUAACGUUCAAAGAUUUAAUUAAGUUUGUGCAACAGGGCGACCCGGAGAUUACAGGAUAUGAUAGCGACGAUAAGGAUGAGUUGUAAAGUUGCGACUUUAGUAAACAAUAGAUAGGAGUUUUCGCAUCUUUUAAUAUUAGGAACCUACUGACUUUAAGAAUGUUGUGAUUUUUCAACACAUUUGCCUCAAGAUUAGGCCUCUUGGAGCUUACGCUUGGACUCCCAUACUCGUCCCUUCUACUUUAAUGCAAUAACAGGAAUGCGUGUAGAAAAUGCAUGAAUUAGAACAAGAGUACUUUUCCUAAAGCCUUUAGUGGAGUGGAAGAAGGGGAUGCGAAGUUUACGUUCCACGUCGUGAUGGUAUUUCCCAAAUAUCUACUGAUCGUUAGAUCACCUUCACCUUAGGGAAAACCGCCUCUCGUUCAAAUUCCUGAGUGAAGUCAAAUUCUUGCGUGGGUUGAUGUGUCCUCAAUACGAAGAUAGACCGGCACUACCUGAGAAAAAAUAACGAAGUUGCAUUUCAGACUUCAACACUGUUAAAAUCUAAGACAGCUAUGGAAUAGCAAGGCGAUCCUUUCAAUGAAUCGUGGAGGCAUCAUGUUAUCCUCUUAGGGGGCUACGUUUUAACCCCAAAAUGGUGCAUUAGAUUAGAAAAUGCUCUGUUGAGGUGGCAAGCUCCUUCAAAAACCCCUGUUCUUAAUCAGGGUGAUAGUACAGUGUGUAGUUUCAAGAAUGAGGGCCAUCGGUACUUGCCCUUUUGAACAAACGGGAUACUUUUACGCGUUAUCUGGCCAUGAUCCAGGACAUGAAUUGAGUGAAAAGAAUGAAAUGGAGCUGAAAUUCGCCUAGUUUCAACAGGAUGGGGCUACAGCCCACACAUAUAGGCUUUACGUAACAUUUUUUCAAAUCUGCGGACUAAAUCAACAUGUUUUGUCAUCCAUUUGACUUGUCAACCCUCCUGAAGGGUUUGAAACUAAAUGUAUUGCGAAAAGUGACAACAA